UCAGCUUAUCUUCAGCACAGCCUGGGUAGCAAGCUUCAAAUACAGGCGAGAAGAAAAAAUUCGAUUUUUGUCUGCAGAGGCUUCUGAUAAAGAAGUAAUGGAAGAGCAAACCCAAGUUUUGAUGCCCAGAGUACAGCUAGGAUCCCAGGGAUUAGAGGUAUCCAAAUUAGGUUUUGGGUGUAUGGGUCUCACUGGAAUGUAUAAUUCCCCUGUUUCUGAAGAAGUGGGCAUAUCCAUCAUCAUGGAAGCAUUUAACAAUGGCAUCAGCUUUUUUGACACCUCUGAUGUCUAUGGACCUCAUACUAAUGAAAUUCUGGUUGGCAAGGCGCUAAAGCAGCUUCCACGAGAAAAGAUUCAAUUGGCCACAAAGUUUGGGAUUGUAGAUCUUCAUAAAGAAGGUGGUCCUGUUGUAAAUGGUAAGCCGGAAUAUGUGAGAGCUUGCUUGGAAGGAAGCCUCAAGAGGCUUGGAUUGGAUUACAUUGAUUUGUAUUAUCAACAUCGGAUUGAUCAAAAUGUGCCAAUUGAAGAAACAAUUGGGGAGCUUAAGAAAUUAGUUGAAGAGGGUAAGGUGAAGUAUCUUGGGCUAUCAGAAGCAAGUGUUGAUACUGUCAGGCGAGCACAUGCUGUUCAUCCAAUUAGUGCAUUGCAAAUAGAGUGGUCACUUUGGACAAGAGAUGUGGAGGAAGAGAUAGUCCCACUUUGCAGAGAGCUUGGAAUUGGAAUAGUUGCAUAUAGUCCUAUUGGUCGUGGUUUUUUUGGUGGUAAAGCAGUUCAUGAAAGUGUGCCUACAUAUAGUUCACUGGCAUCACAUCCAAGAUUCAGUGAAGAAAACCUAGAGAAAAAUAAGAUACUAUUCUUCAAGUUAGAAAAAUUAGCUGCAAAGCACAAAUGCACAACAGCUCAGUUAGCUUUGGCUUGGCUACUUCAUCAAGGGAAUGAUGUUGUUCCAAUUCCAGGAACAACAAAGAGCAAAAAUUUGAACAUUAAUAUUGGCUCUAUAAAUGUAAAGCUAACAAAGGAUGAUUUGGAAGAGCUUUCAAAUGCUGUCGCUAUUCAAGAGGUUGCGGGUUCGAAAACUUGGGCUUUCGGAGAAUCAAUCACAUGGAAGUAUGCAAACACUCCGAAAAAAGUUAUCGACGCAUGAGAUUAAUUAGAUUUCUGAACAAUGCAUCAUUUUUUUUGUUUCUCAUCUACAAUUUGUAUGCAUUGUAUGAUGUCAAAAUAUUGCCUUAUGAGUUAUUCACCUUGUCAUAGAAGAUUAUGGGAUUGAUGUAACCCUACUAUCAAAACAAUUCUCAUAGGAUUAUAUCUGAA